AUGGGCACGGACUGUUCCGAAGAAUUGGACGCCUGCGUCGUCGGUUCUGAAGUCUACGACGUCAGCCACAGAGCUCCUGAGGAUGGCAUCUACGCAAUGGACCUCGCCAGGCCGCGCAUUCCUGCGGGUUUUGAGGCCUGUGGAACGGCCGUAAACUCGGAGAACCUCUGCAUCCCACAGUUGGGCACUUCCAGCUAUUACUGUCGGUGCGCCGACGGCUAUGCCAUGGAUCCCAGCCUUUCCUACGACAACUGCUUGUCUGCGACGUCGCCAUGUGCCAGCCAAAUCUGCAUCGAGGGAAAUUGUGUCGCCUCCAAGGUAGGAUUCCUAGAAUGGGCUUAAAACUACACACCUCUUUCAGCACUCUUGUCGGUCGAGAUGGUGAUAUCACUUACAAAUACCAGAAUCUACACUGUACGACACCAUAUCUAGAGUUGCAGUGGUGUAUUACAAGUUGUCGCGGGCGCUGACAAGAACAGAGCACGUGCUGACGGUUCUAAGCCAUACCUGAAAAGAAUAAGCCUGUGGUAUCAGCUGCUUUUAUACAUUCCUCGGAACUGGGCAGAGACUGCUAGUGUCUAGUGGUGUGUGCACUCGCGCGCCCCAAACGGGCUACGUGGUUGAUGCCCUGGACCAACACGGGGGUCAGAGUGGACCCUAGUAGGCGUUAUCGGAAUGCGCAUCAUAGUAAAUGCCAACAUACCGGGAUGCGGUUGUACACCCAGUUGCCGGCGGACGUCGCGCACAUUGGGACCCCUGCGUUCCUCUCCAUUCUUGUUGUUGGUUAUAAUCCUGGUCAAAUAUUGUGUGGACCAGGGGAUGUGCAGUGGAGCGUGAAGCUGCUGGCUCGACCAUGCCAUCCACCUGCGCCCUCCCAUGCCUCCGGUCUUCUUGGCUCUUUUUUGCCAUCGGGUCCAGGUGGGGAGUGGGGAAGAGCGAGUGCGCUAGAUGCUGCGUAAGUCCACUGUUACUAUAGACUAAUUCGCGCACAUGUCGCCACACCUGCUGCACCCUGCUAUGUAGCACUCGGUGGACAUCGUUGGAAUCGACGGUCGAACUUUCGCGUGUACUCGCGUCCCCCAAACAGGCCACGUGGUAGAUGCGCUGAACCAACAAGGGAGCCAUAUCGGAUCCUGGCAGGCGUUAUCGGAAUGCGCACCACAACAAAUUUCAACAUCUCGAGGGCACAACUGCAGACUUAGUUGCCGGCAGACGUCGCACACACUGGGACCAUGCGUCCCUCCCCAUUGUUGCAGUUAGUUAACAUCCUGGUCAUUUGCUGUGUGAAGCCAUCCACCUGCGCCCUCCCCCGCAUCCGGUCUUCUUGACUCUGUCUUGACACCGGAUCCAUUGUCCCUACUCUCACCCUGUUGUGGGUCACACGACGAGCAUAACUGAACUCUUCGGUCGAACUGCCGAUGGCUUCACAGAUCAUUAUUAUGCCGGAAAAUGACAUCGAAUGAGCAACUGUUGGCGUUUUAUUGAUCGUUGAGAUGUUCACGCAUGCGGCUGAAUAGGGCUUCGCAUUGUCUGAGUUUGCGGGGGGGGGGAUGUAGCUAUAAAAAGGGGACCUGGGCAAGCAUCUUUUGUGUAUAUGCAUGCACCCGAAUAGGUCCACACCAGUCAACCUCACGACGCGACUGCGCCAUCACAAUUAAACCCCUUUCGGACAUAGCGUGCAAGUUGAGCACGGCAGUAAUUUUAAGCGCCUCAGUGCCCGUGAUCCACUCCUGUCGUUUCUAUACUCAAGUUCCCUUAAGAAAUUGCUGGCGAAAGGUGUUAUGUUUUCUUGAUCGAUUACCCAGGUCUUGACCACCUAACGGAGAGUAUUCAGGACGGAGGUCCGCACUUUAGCAUUUAGCAGGAUGGUACGGCUGCGCUCUAUGAUUGGAUGCAGCGCAAGCCCUGUUGGGGACGCACUUCGAGGGGUUUCACAGGGACGGUCGAUUGUAGGACGUCUUGUUGCAGUGUACAGACGUCCCGACAUCGGUUUGUGAUUUUUCACUUGCGUAUCCCACCUACCAGCGCAUCCAGUAUGCGUGCACCAAAACGUACAAUGCAUGACCUAUCUCAUGAAAUGUUGGCUGAAAUUCUGAAAUGCGUUUUCGAUUAGGAAGGAUUACUUGGUCGCGGUUGUGAUACUGAUUAUCUUAAGGCAUACUCUUGCAACAUUUCGGACUCGGCAGGAUGUCGGCUUUUAAAGACACUUCUUUUCAAUCUUCUGUAGAAAGCGUGCUCGGUAAAAAAUGUCUACUUGAGUAGCAUGCAUUUUUCCCAUUGAUUUUCGAUGGUCUUACAAAUUCAAAUAUAUUUUAUGGAAACCAUAAAUAAAAAUAUGUUUUCUUUUAGUACAUCAAUAGACGAUCACGUCUUCUCUAUAUUUCAUACUUAGGGAAGGAGUAUAAUUAGGUUUUAAAAAAGUUUUCUAAUUGCCGACAAAUUUGAAGCCUGAUCAUUCGUUGCAUUAGCGCUUAGUGAUUACACUCUACAAGGUGCAUGCGUUCCGCCUAAAGAAAAUCCCAUAUUUUUCUGUCAUUAAAGAGAUAUCAUACAGAGCCCAUACAAUUUUGCAAUGGAUGCGGACUAUGUUGUAAAUUUCAUGAGGAGCAGUGGUAAACGGCCAGGUACGAUGCUAUGUGAAUGGACAUAUCGCGGUCUUAAAAAGUCUCAUAAUUGGAAACUUUUUUAAAACCUAAUUAUACUCCUUCAUUAAGUAUAAAAUAUAAAGAAGCGUGAUUCUCUAUUGAUUGACUAAAAAAAGCAUAUUUUUGUUUGCGGUUUCUAUAAAAUAUAUUUGAAUUUCCAAGACCAUCGAAAAUCAAUGGGAAAAAUGCAUGCCACUUAAGUAGUCAUUUCUUACCGAGCAAGCUUACUACAGGAGAGUGAAAAGACGUGCAUUUAAAAGCCGACAUCCUGCCGAGUCCGAAAUGUUGCAAGAGUAUGCCUUAAGAUAAUCAUUAUCACAACCGCGACCAAGUAAUCCUUCCUAAUCGAAAACGCAUUUCAGAAUUUCAGCCAACAUUUCAUGAGAUAGGUCACGCACUGUACUUUCCGUCGGUUUAUACGUGACAUCUUCCACGUUUCCUCACAUGGGUAGGUCACGAGAAAAUGGCGCCUCACCUAACUGACUGCGAAGAUGAGCAUAUUCCUUCUGUACCCUCUCAGUUAAAGCCCUCUCAGACAGACAUAGCAGUCAAGGUGCGAUGAUCGACAGUGCGAAGGCACCCGAGUCAGAAUUCAGAGAAGACAGAGCUGGUUGGACAAACUUUACUGAGGCGGAAGAGCGUACAAACAGCCGUUGAAGUUCUUAGCUCUGGUGCGAAACGCGUGUGUGCACCUGAGCUUUGUCUGCCUGCAGCCAAUCAGCGAGGGAUGCAGCGUCGAGUGACGUCAAGCCUUCGUCACGACAAGGCCACCUCACGCGCAGCUCAAGGAAUCGAUUGAGAGGCGACACGUGCGGUCGACGGAGCUAGCGCUGGCGAUCACGAGAGCAGACUGCCACAUAGCAACAAAUAAUUAAUGGGAAAGAAGUCUUUUGACGAAGAUAGGGGAAACCGAAAUAAUCAUUUUAGCCUUGUAUGUUGUCAUCAGCCGGCAAUAACACAAAUUCCGACUGACAGUUGAGUUUUAAAGUGGGUGUGAUUGAUCACUACGCGCUUUUAAUUCAGACGCACUACAACUUGAGCUAUGGGCGUGCAUCCCGUCAGUCGAAGUUGAGAGUACUGGAGGCCAUGUGUGAGUGUUGUGCACAAACUCACCGCGACUGUGAGAUGGAAAUUCAUGCUUUCUUUCCGCCUUGUAGCGUCAUGUCUGGAUUUCUCAAAAUCCGUUUCAGACCGACUAGCGGUCAGUAAUCGAGAAACAUUACCGGCAAAGCAUGGGGAAGUUAAUGGCAACUUCUGGCUUAUUGUAUUCCUUAGUUAAUCAUGUGUCAGUCCCAGACGAGCACCUGAGAGUUGGAUGCCGAGUAUCUUCAACCAAAACGCUCGGCCACAUCGUUUUCUACCAUGUGUAGCUAAAGUCGCACUGGAAUGGUGCUUAUCAAUCUAUCUGAAGUAACUAAAAAGGUAGAACUGAAAUGGGAUUUUUUUAAUACUAGAAAGCACAAGGGGAAAGCUGGGGCAGACCAACGGGUGGACCGAACCUCUCGCAGCUGAUUUACACAGCUGCACAAGAUCGGCGCAACACGUGCUCCUUGACUUUCACCUAGUACCGCUGCUGUCGGCAUGGUAAAUAAUCCAGUAUUCAUAUACUACUGACUGUCUGUUGGUAGUCUGUGAAUAUUCCCAGAUUAUUCCGCGGCAGUUGAUGGAUAUCUGUUCAAAUAUCCAUAUUUGCUGCUUUUUAAUUUCCUUAAAAAUUAACUGCUAGCUUGGAGUAGAUCAGUUUAUUCUAGGGUCUAUAGACGCAGACCGAAAUUUGAUGUAUGAAUACCUGGACCGAAAUGCCACCCUCAACCAACAUUGAGGAAGACCUAACGGCCACGGGAAAUUUAUUCGUCCUAGAAUAUCCAUCUCUAUCUCUCUCUCUCUCACGUAAAUUAAGCUCCGACUUGUACUUGGUACGAAUACGAUAAUGUCUGCUCCAGUCGGCCUCGAUGAUAUCACGGACUGUACUCCUCCGCGCGCUAUGAUCCGCCGCAGCAGAUUUGGACGGCUCAACCCGUCCGCUUUGCAAAACACGGAGACCAAGUAACGAAGGUCCAAGGGCCACUUUCACGGCGUGACGGACUAUGUCGAGCCGGGUUCUGAGUUGACUCCCGCUUCGAUGCCUCCACGUGGGCAACGGCGUCGGUUCGAGGGCAGCCACAGUGAGCUCGUGGGCCGGACGUCAAAGAGUGUGACCAAACCGCUGUAGUCGUCUUUCUUUAAUGGCCUCUGAUAUCAUUGCGAUAUCGUCGCAGCGAGUGCGGACUGUCUCAUCUGAGAUAAGGUUAGCGUACUUCACUCGAAGGAUGGUUCUCAAACGGUGGCGGACCUAUACCUUCAGCUUUCGCUCAUCCUCCGCGAGUACAGCCAGGAAUUUGACAGUUCGACUGUCGUGGCCGACGAUGUUCACCGUGUGCUCCAUAGCAGGGUCAGGGCAGGCAGGGUGACUUGUAUGUGAGUUAGUUUAUAGGGGUAGCAGUCUUGCAAAGCAUCUAACUCAGUCUCAUUCUCCUCCCCUCUCCUGCGCCCGGCGUCAAGAAAUAGUCAAAGACGGAAGAUGACGCAGGUGACUGGCAUGACCGGACCCGCAUCUAGGCGUGCCAAUUCACACACCCUGGUCCACGACAAACACUUGACCAGGAUUUAAACCAGCAACAAAAUUGGGAGGUGGCAGAAAUCCCGACUGGCGCGACGUGAGCCGUCAACUGGCCUGCCAUCGCACCCCAAAUGUCGGCAUUUGUUGUGGGUGUGCAUUCAUUAAAACGCCUGCCAGUAUCAAAUGGGCCCCUCCCCGUGUCGGUCCAGUGCAUCUGCAGCGUGGCCCAGUUGGAGACCCUGCAUUCGCAGCCAUUCAGAAGGACUGACCGGACGGCUGCAAAGAUGUCGCGUUGGGUUCAUACACACCUUCAAAGUCUUUAGAAAACCCGGAGAGCAGCACCAAUUUGCGAGACAAUGUUGUUCUUACUCUGGUACAUUCGACAGCAGCCCCGCCCCGAGGUAUUUGAAACUGUCUACACCUUCUCGCUGACAACCGAUGAACUCGUGAGGUGCUUUCUUCUUGUCAGGGAUGCCAUAUGAAAUCGCCUUGGACUUUUCAGCGUUUUUGGAUAAACCGACGGAUUUAGCGAUCUUAUUUACCUGUAACACAAUUAACUGCAGAUUGUCCAAGUCUGAAACCAGAAAAGCAAUAUCCUCAGUGUAUUCGAGAUCAGUCAGACGGCGGCUGGGUGCAAACUCCACGCUAUCAAAACCAUGAGGGACCAUCCCGAAAAUCCAAUGAAUGGGGUAGUUGAACAGAAUGGACGACAGGGUGCAACGUUGUGGAACGUUAUCAAACGAAUGGGAGAGGUUGGUAUGGACUCGAAGUUGCGCGGUGGUUAAGUGGUAGUAGGUCUUCACCGUGUCGAGGAUUUUGGUCGGCACACCUACUAGUUUCAUUACUUGUCACAGGGAUUCUUGAUGAACGGCAUCGAACGCAGCGCCGGCGUCAGCACAGCAGACAGCCCUCUGUUGUUGGUAGCUAUGGCGGAAUUCGAAAAUGCUCCACAGCGUGGUCGCCACAUCCACGCCCGGUCUGGAAUCGUCUGAGAAGGACGGCAGCGAAGACCUUUACAGCAACAUCGAUGAGGCUUAUAGCGCAACAGCUCGCACAUCUUGUCUUAUCACCCUCCUUGAAGACAGGUACAAGGAUCCCCGAGCUGCAGUUAUCAGGAAUGAUCUCAUAACUCCAAGCCUGCUCAGUCAAAUGGCGCCAGAAUUCCAGUGCAAGAAGUGUAGGCUUCGGCGGACAUGCCGUCUUCUCUGAGUGCCUUGUUGUUACGCAGCCUUUGUAUUGCGCCAGGCUGGAGAGGGAUAAAAUUCCGCCGCAGAGUAGGGCGAGGGUGCGAUGGAAUGUUCAUGCAAAAUCGAGAAGGUAUUCGAAGUGCUCAUGCCAACAACUGAUCUUGGUCGAUUUGUCAACAACAGAUGUGCCAUUUGCUUAGUCGCUUACUGUCGGGGACUUGCCACUAAUUGCUGAUAAAUGCGAAAAUGCGAGUUCCAGAAACUGGUUGAUAAGAGACGUUUCUGCCACUAUCUCUGAUGAGGGGUUCAAGUGAGAAUCCGAAACGUUAGGAGAAUAAAGCCUUUGUUCCAGUGAUAACUUCUUCUUCCUCUUUUUAUUACCACUAAUUGUUGCUUUUUAAUCUCCUCAGAAAUUAACAGCUAACUUUUAGUAGAUCAGUAUAUUCUAGGGUCUAUAGGCACGGAUCAAAAUCUGAUGUAUGAAUAUCUGGACCGAAGUCCAUCAGUCACAGCCGAUAACCGCGCAAUAUUCAUGAACUCCCUACAGGCAGUCAGUAGUAUAUUCUAGGGUAAGAGGAUACCAUACAAGUGGCACAGAUGCUAGCCAAAAGCCCAUACACGCGUGCCUCACCGAUAUUCAUAUUCGCCUAAGAGGUUUUAUUCUGAGAGAUUUAUUUCAAGUUCGCGCACUAUUUCUCGAUGAAAUCAAAAAAGGACAGCACAAGAACUCCGACCACACCCACAAACCAUAUUAAGACUCUAAGGAACGGUCUGUAAGGGUGCAACAGCACUGCCCCUGAGAAAUAAUGCCUGAAAGCAGAUAAGUAAAAUCGGCUUGAUUACAAAGAUGACUCCUGUAGGUGACUUAUACUAAUCCUGGAAGGGCUGUCCACGAUGUUAUUUCGGACCCAAGUCUCGAUGCCCUGGCUUAACCGAACCACCAGUGAAGACCCUUCGAUCGUACUGUUUUCAAUUUUUUCCGUGGAAGAUGUUGACAGGGGCAGAGAGGUCAUGGUGGAGAUGGUCACAGGGUUCAUUCAGAAGGUCUAGAUUUCAUAGCGGCUCUUAGGCGUGGUCGUAAAUGAGGACUAAGCAUAACAGUCUCAUGCUUCGUUGUCAGUCUAUAUGUCUUGUUCCGGCUGGCUGAUGGUUGGCUGUUUGUGCCUGUUGGACAAGUUGUCGUUGUACACACUCCAUCUCAGAGCAUAAAACCACCUACUAUUAUUUGUUUUCUGCCAUGAACGCCUCAUUGUGGACGAUAUUCGCUCCCAAAGUUUUCUGUGCCUCAGUAACCUCAGACAGGAUAGUUUUAGAUUAUAUAACCGAAAGCAGACACCUCCUCUAUCUCUGUGACGAACGCGGUAAGGGUUCCAGAGUUAUAUUUCUGAACGUCACUCGUCCUUGAAUAAUAAUGCGGUGAAUAGCGAAGCGAGGGUUUCAAGUUGGUCGGAAAUCCCCCUGAAUGGCGACUCGUCUGAUAGCAAUUGCGUAAAUCGACAAGGUAGCUAGUUUUUCCCAAGCGGAUACAGUUGGCUGGUGCAUGGGAGAGCGGGAGAGGAGAGAGUAAGGAUGACAUUAAGAAGUUCACUCCCACCCCAAAUCGGCACAUCCCUCACUAUUGGAAACCUGAUGCGUUUGAAUUUAUUACGACGCACCAAGUGUCAGCGAUAAGAGAAAUCGAUAAAAGUUCACCUUAAAACACAGGCGGGGUGUGUUUUAAGGCGUCUGUUUUUAGGGCGAACCUUUAUCGAUUUCUCUUAUCGCUGACAUAUUUUACUUCUACCCCCUUCCCACUGGCCUGACGAUAAUUUAUCGAAAGAUACGUAUGCUCACCACCUCGUUUUCUGAUUCCCUUGAUUUUCUCUUGUCGUCGGAAUAAGGUCAGUGAGCGAAGAGAGUGUGCGGUAGAUACUGUGUAAGUCUGUCCUACUUUAAACUAGUUUACGCGCAACUCACCGCUACUCUGCCCACUCCUCAAAGCAAACGGUGGACGUGGUUGCUCGCUGUGAUUGGACACUCGAAGUGAGCCGACAAAGUGAACGUAAGGUUUUAUGUAACUGGGGGGUUCCCACAACAAACUUCCCCAUCCACCUCUACCAGGCAGAGAUUCCGAACAGUGCGAGAAGAGCUAUGUGCUGUCGCGACAGCCUAAGGUAUGGACGGGCCAUUGCCACUUAGACUUUCAGGUCCGUCCCUCAAUAGAUAGUGAAGUUUGAUGCCAGCAGAGAGCUCGUUGGAUUCUCUACAGGCGGAUUAAAAAAAGGUGGAGAGAGCUGACGGUCGGAGGAGAGCACACGUCCGGCACAGCAAAUCCGGCUUCCGAGUGCCAUGGGGGCAGGUGUCAGAGCAUCUUUAGCGAGGGCAUGUCUGGGUCGAACUUGAAGUUGAUUGGUCUGUUUGGAUAGUUAUGAUUGGUGGAGGACCAGACUGCCACCGGCACGCACGAGAAUCGCAAUUUCACAGCAGGCGCCCGGCGUAUGGCCAUUUUAGAAUGUAGUUCCAUCCCAUUUUCUUAAGUUUGCGAGUUUUACUGAGGAUCUAACUAUCCAAGUCAACUCGAGUAGAAGUAAUCGGAUGUCUAUUACUGCCCAAUGUUAUUUCCUAUAAUUUUUCUGCUCGCUUGCUUCUUGCUUCACUAUCGACUCCGUUUCUGAUUUAGUUACACUGUGGUCACGGUUAGAUGAUACUUGGUAGCCCUCCUGACACCGCAAACUCCCAGCUGCCUGUCAAUCGGGACCGGUGGUAAUAGGGGCUAUACGGGUGGGACAAUUGAGUGGGCGGGUAAAUGGCGAUUGUAGUAUAUGCUAGGAAUUGACGCUACAGGUAAAGUGGAAGCCUAAUUUAGAUUAGGUGAUAAAUACAAGGAAGGUAUGGAAAUGAGCAAGGAGACUUUGAACGGUGUGCGGAAUAAAUGCAUCCUAGCCUCAGAUUGGAAAGAAAACAAGUGAAGGCGAGCAACCAAUGGGAAGAAGGCAACUGGUCCGAAGGUCAUUCCGCAGUGUGUGCGAUAGAACUCCAUCCAACAUAAUGGACAGAAGAACACGAGAGUCAAGUAGCGGCACGCGGGACGCCACAACGCAAGCCGGGCAAAACUUUUAUACGAAAAAUUGGUUUGGAUGGACGAGAAAAUCCGCAAAUAAUGAGGCAGUCGAAAGCUACCUCUGCUAAUGAAAGUUGAUAAAGGGUAAGCCUCAUUGUCAUCGUUACCGGUGCCAAUCCGCCUAAGAUAGUACUUCCACAAUGAAUGAGGCAGGCAAAGGCUACCUCUUCUUAUGAAAGUUGAUGUAGGGAAAGCCUCAUUGUCAUCGUUACCAGUGCCAAUCCGCCCAGGAUAGUACCUACACAAUGAAUCUGGUACAGGUAAUACAGCGCGCGCGUAAAUUUAGAAGCAUAAUGAGAACGUAAUCAUAGCUACUGAAAUCAAGCCAGUAGGAACGAUUGUGGAUUCUUGAGCACGCCUGCCAACUACCUCUUCUAAUGAAAGUUGAUAUUGGGUAAGCCUCAUUGUCAUCGUUACCGGCACAAAUCUGCCCAGGAUAGCUCCUCUAGAAUGAAUCUGAUACAGGUAAUACAGCGUGCGCGUGAAUUUAGAAGCAUAAUGAGAACGCAAUCACAGCUACUGAAAUUGAGCCAGUAGGUGCCAUUGUGGAGUCUGUGGGCACGGCUACCAACUAUCAUCUUACCGUGGCUGCAGUACUUCCGGUUGCAAAAUUUGUAAAUAAAACCCCGUCCUCUUGCUGUCUGUGUUAUUUAACGUUUCAGGACGGACAGAAGUGGAUAUGCGACUGCGAUGACGGUUACACAGGGCCGUACUGCGACCAGAUGGUGGGCGAAUGGUCAGCGUGGUCCACCUGGACGCUGUGCGAUCCGUACUGCGGCCCGCGACGACAACGCAAAAGACUGCGUGUGUGCCUCAGUGAACACCAGACAGACUGCACCGGCGCCGUCGAAAACGUAAGAUGGAAGUUUACAUGUCCGAAAGCCUCAUGCACUUGCAGUGGUGCAGAGCAUAUUAUCUUGCUGCGCUAAAAACGUCUAUGGACAGGUGACAAAAGCCUGAUUAAGGCUCCUACCCAAACCGCCACUGCGUGGCUCAUUUGUUCCUUCUCAUUUGAUUGGUACAACAGCGGCAAGAUCGCAGCUCAUAGCCUGACAUUAUGAGUCAACAUUGUUGACGUACUUGCUUGUUAUCAGUAGGUGUGUUUACACUAAGUUACUUCUUCCACAUCGGUCAGGUUGGGGUGGAACGCAUUCGACCUCGCUUUCGGGAACGUUGUUUGCUAGCUCAGAGAUAUUAAUUCUGCUCAUCGGAGGACAGGCCCGUGCACAUUCAACACAAUCAUUAGUGUUCUGUUCUGGGGGACUUGGGAAUGAAUACGUAACGAUGAGAUUAGAAUCUUCAUUAACAGAUUCCGUGAGAUAGCAUGCUCGAGGUUUCUUUGGUUGUAGUUACAUAAUUUUCUGAUUUUGAUUUACUAUCACUUACAGUAGGUGAUCUGACUCAUGAAAAGUGUCGAAAUUUACGAAUGAUUGCCAAUCACACGCAAACCGACACCACUUCAUGAAUCCAAUGUCUAUGUUAAUUAAGUGCAAGUAUAAAAGAAUAAAAACAUAAAAGAAAUAUUAAAGGCAGUGUUACAGUGUUUAGAAAUGCCGAUUUUUUUUAGACAAUCGCAACAUCCCGAAAACGUCAGAAAUGGUUCUACUUUAAUAAACUUCGUUUUUAGAUGUAUAGAAUGUAUUCUCAUUCCGCCAACCUAGUAAAUAUGAAAGUACAAAUGAAAUAACGUUUACAUCUAAAUAUCUUUUAAGAAUUCGUGUAAUUUCAUACAUGGCGGUUUGUCAACUGCCUUCAUUCUGAGUGUAGAUUCCAAAACAGUUUUCCAGGCAUUAUUGGUAUUCUUGACUAGUUUGAGUUGAAUGAGAUGGGAUUCAACGAGAGAAGCUGAAGUUUUCUCGAUUUCACCGAUGUGGACGUCGUAGGAACAAAAGUUUUCAUAAGGUGACAUGCCAUGAGGCCGAUUGGUGCCUUACAAAUUUUAAUAGAACUGACAGGUGUGAUCGUAAACAUACCAUUUAGUGAGAAGGUGAUACCGACAAAGACAAGGGAGACCGGAAUGGCCAUUUCUGGCUUAUUAGCCAUUCCGGUCUCCCUUGUCUUUGUCGGUAUCACCUUCUCAACAUAUAUCACUAGUCGCUGUGCGACUGCCUGCGAGGGUUUAAGUAUGAGCCCCAAGGCACAACGGAACGAGCAUGUUCCGCAACCUGAUCGGUGAGCGCCCACUAUCAUAAUACCAUUUAGUGUCUAUAGAGAACUUUGCUUCUGUUAAAUUAAUUUGCACUUUUCGCGCGUUUUGGAUUACGUUGAGUUUCAGAUCGGCCUUGAAUUAUUGCUGAAUACUUCAUGAUCUAAUUCUUGAAGGCAUUUACCGAAUUGGUGAGUGUUUGAACGCUCCUGUUCACGCAAAAGGUCGUUGCUGUCCUUUUAUCUCUCAUCUGACGAAACACCGGCUGAGUGCAUAGGUCCUGAAACAAAUCCGCUAACUUCCCUACCUUGUGCAAUAAUUUACCGUACUAACAACACAGGUAUUAGCUAAAAGCCCAGACACACGUGUUUCGCCGAUCUUGUGCCGCUGCCUGACGCAGCUGCGAGGGGUUCGGCUCGUCAGUGGGUCCUCCAGCUUCCCUACCUGCCAGAUAAAGAGUCAGGUGGUAGUGUUGAUCGGCAAUAGAAGCGAAGAGGCGAGUGCCAGAACUUAGUCACAAAGAAGGAGACGCGGUUGUGGACGUUGUUGCGAAUUCUCACUCGGAUAUAUCAUCAGACGUAAAGCUAGAUAAGGGCAGUGGAUUGCCCGUGUGUUUCAGUAUUUAUAGGCCACUACAUGCCUAUCACGAUUGGCAGCUCUCGAGUUCAUCACGGUUUGACUGACCAGGUGUUACAGCAUGCAGCUGCCAUGCGUCUACUUGUCGGUCAAAAUUAUCGGCCCUUACGCUCGUCGCACGCAGUCGGGUUGCUCAAUUCCGGGUUUCGUCACCCGAGUGGACUCUCGGGCAAUUUGGUUCGCCGACGUUGACACCGGGGUCACUGGUCAUCCGCACGCUCUCCGAGUGGCUAACCACUUUGCCUAGUCGCACCAAAUAUGUAGAGGGGAGGUCGUUGCGCUUGUUGACUGGUUGAAGACCGGAUAACCAUGACUCGCGCAGUUCGCAGCUCACGCGAUUGUCGUCUCCAGCGAGAAUUUCGGCUUCAUCAAACUUGAACGUGUGGUUGGGUCCUGGGCAAUCCACCACCUUUAUCUGACUUUGUCGGAUUCGAGUGAGAAUCCGAAACCUCAGGCUCAUAAAACCCUUGUUUCAACGAUCGCGUCUCCUUCUUUGUGAUCUAGCCGGUGCAAAAGCGCAGAUUACAGAUAACUACAAAACUAAACUAUAUUUAAGAAGACAAUUUGGCGAAGACUUGUUUUCGGCAACUCAUAAUCAGGCCAAUAGUUACAUAAAAAUUGAAAAUAUAAGAAGUUCACAGGCUUUAAAAGUGACUUAUGGGCUAUUAACACUCAUCGUUCCCACGCCAUUCGCAUGAUGAGGUCGGCGUGUUAUGAUCAUUUGGUUAAGGGAAAGGUGACCUAGGCUGUAUGUGAUGUUUGCUAGUCGGGUACGUGGGGUACACAUCACUGUUACUAGGGGGUUGUCACAGCGCGCGAUAACGAUCUGGGGUUGACCACGGAAGACAGAGUGCCUGUCCCCAAGCCUUCUGACGAAAUUGUAGUGGAUUCGCUGGCCGUAUGGCCACUGCCUCGGAAGUAGAUAACACCUGUUGGCGUAAACUUCUGAAGAAGUUUGCUGGUGUCCAGCGGACAGCCUGGAAGCCUUUGACAUCGGCUCAGUUAUUCGUAUCGACAAGAUGUGCGAGAAUUGAACUCAAAAUCGAUCAGGCUGGUAUGUGUUCAGGUACACUCUUUUCCAGGCGUCUCGCUGUACAGCUAGUGUAUCCCAACUUCACAGGAGCGACCAAUUUCAGACAACUGCAAGACUAAACCACAUUUUCUGACACUAGCUGGAAUUCUGCGAGCCUGGCGAGCCCUGCCCGGCCGCGAACACCGUCGAAUGGGCCGAGUGGCAAGAGUUUGUUGAGUGGACAUGGACUGUUACCUACCACUGUCUCGUCUACAUCGGGGCCUCGGUGAUGAUAUUCACCGUCCUCAUCUACCUCAAACCCGAAUUCGAUGAGACGCCGGAGGCGGUGCAACAGACUGCGGCAGGAGUAACCGGGCCGGGGCCCACCUCCGAUAUCCACAUUACCGACCUUGUGCGCCGACAACCUGGCACUUCAGUUCCAACCCUCGUGAUGAGCCCUGUGGAGCACGCGGAGGCUCUGCCGGGACCCCCAUCGCCAUCGGUCAAUCUUGAUGUCUCCAAUAGCGCUUCGCCGGAGCUUCGAUCGAUUAGAAUGGAGGACUCCUACCCUCUGAAAUGA